CAAUGUUCACAUGCGAAUACAUACCGGUGAACGACCUUAUAAAUGUAAAACUUGUAAUAAAAGGUUUAAGACGUCUUACAUGUGUUUAGUGCACAGUAGAAAACAUACAGGUGAAAAACCAUUUUCGUGUAAAGUAUGUUCAAAAACUUUCAUAUCAAGCAGUCAUCUUUACGUACACACAAAAAUUCACAAUAAAGUUCUAUCGUUUCCAUGCAAAGAUUGCGAAAAAACAUUUUCCCAAGAAAAAGACUUAAAAAUUCACAGCAGUCUUCAUACAGGGCACUCGCUUUUAUACUGCGACAUGUGCGGGAAAAGUUUUAAUCGAAAGAGCAAUUUAUUGAAGCAUAUCAGACUCCACCAAGGGAUUAAAACACAUAUAUGCCAAACGUGUAGUUUUGCCUUUUCCACAUCGACGCAACUCAAAAUACAUCUAAGAACUCAUUCGGGCGAACGCCCAUAUAAAUGUGAUUUGUGUGUGGCCAAAUUUGCUUCGUCAAGUGGUUUGUCGAGGCACAAAAAAUGCACAGGAAUAAAAAUAAUGAUUUAG